AUGGGUGCGAGCGAGAAGCGUUCACCUUCGGUGGAGCGCGAAGAGCAUGCCAUCCAUACGGUUGACAGCGUGAUCAUGGACGAGAAGCCUAUCCCCCAGGAUGAGGAGAACCGCGACUGGACCGGGUCCGCGAAGAAGACCGACCCAGAGGAGAUCAAGCUGGUGCGGAAGCUAGAUUGGCGGAUCAUGGUAACCGACACUCUGUAUUAUGUACUUCUUGAGUACGAUUCCCCGCUCGAGAUCACAUCAUCAGAUUACCUGACUGACCAAUCAGACUACGUCGAUCGCAAUGCCAUUGCUCAGGCACGACUGAACAACUUGGAGAAGGAUUUGGGCAUGUCUGGAACCGAAUUCAAUACCACAGUUUCAAUUCUCUUCGUGGGCUACGUUCUCAUGCAGAUUCCGUCCAACAUGUUGAUCACCAGGAUUCAACCCGGCAUGUACAUGAGCGCAUGGAUGUUGAUCUGGGCUGUCGUCUCAGGAUGCACGGCACUUGUCCAGAACUACGGAGGUCUUGUUGCUUGCAGAUUCUUCCUCGGUAUCACCGAAGCUCCUGUCGCCUCCCGCAUCGCCCUCCUCUACUGCGCUCAGAUCCUCGCAACAGGCCUCUCCUCCCUCAUCGCAGCCGGCAUCUUCGCCGGCAUGGACGGCCUCAACGGCAUCGCAGGCUGGCGCUGGCUCUUCAUCGUCGAGGGCGCCGCCACGGGCCUCGUCGCCCUCUUCGGCUUCUGGCUCCUCCCCAACACGCCCCUGACGACGCGCUGGCUCAACGACCGCGAGCGCGAGCUCGCUCACUCCCGUAUGGAGAAGGAUAAGCUGUCCGACUCGGAUGAUAAGCAGGCUUCUGCUAUGGAUGGGCUGAAGCAGGCUGUGAAGGACAAGAGGACGUGGUUGUUCUGUUUGAUGCAGAAUUUCCAUUUGAGUGCUUGCAGUUUCAACUCCUUCUUCCCCACUCUCGGCUUCAACACGACCAUCACCCUCGUCAUGACGUGCCCGCCGUUCAUCUUCGCCGGUGCAGCGGGUAUCUUGUUCGGCUGGAGCUCCGGCAGACUUCACGAGAGAACAUGGCACAUCACGGUCGGCCUCGGCGUCGCGAUUCUCGGUUUCGUGGUGGCUGCCUCCACACUCAACACGGCGGCUCGCUACGUUGCCUGCUUCAUCUUCCCAAUGGGAGCCUAUGCCGUGAACUCCGUCAUCAUUGGCUGGGCCUCCUCAACGCUAUCACAGACCAAGGAGAAGAAGGCAGUCGUCCUCGCCAUGACCAACGUCGGCGGCCAGAUUGGCUACAUCUACGGUGCCUACCUCUGGCCCAAGAGCGACGAGCCCCGCUACGCCAUUGGCUUCGGUGCCUCUGCUGGCUUCGCUUUGCUCUCGAUUCUCUGCGCUUGGUGGAUUCGUGUCUUGCUUGUCAGGGAGAACCGGAGGAUUCGGGCCUCCACCACGGAGAAUGUGAACUUGUACGGAUACUAG